AUGUACUCUAGGCAAUCAAGCUUUGUCGCUCAAGAGACGAAUGAGCACGUUGUGCUCACUGCCAACUUCAACCGUCGGAACUCUAGCGCCCCGUUCUCUCUCUCUCGCCAAAGCUCUGUCAUUCACAGACGCUCGACGCUAGCCCAGCUGACGACCAUCGACUUUGAGCACACCGACAUUACCAGCGCUCGUCACAACAGUGACGUUCAAGGCACUCCUAUUCUCGUUCGAGUCGGCCAAAAGUUCUCCACGCUGCUCCCGAAGCAUGCGCGACGCGUCCAGGAGCGACGAAAAUCUUUGAAGAUUGACAUGAGGACGGAGAUUCGAGUCGAAACGGAUGGAUUGUACCUUGAUGAUGAUGUUGCAAGCACCCGAAAUGGCUCAUCUCUGAGCAUUGCUCGCACGCUCCCUGAAGACGACUCUUCGCCACCAGCGGAUCUUUAUGCCGUGCCUCAUGACCAAGAGUGCUACGCAAGAAGUCAACAAGUCCCAUUCCCACUUGGCUCGUGCAGUCGCGAUGAAGUCCAGGCGCGAGAUAGUGGCGAAGGGCAACAUGUACACCAUACUCGGGCUUGUUCACAACCAACCAUGCAUAGAUAUAUUCCAGUCUCCCGCCUUGCUCAGAAUCAAAAGGCAUCUACAUCGGCAGCAAAGGGCCGUCCUUGGACAGCAACGUCAUCGGACUCUCCAACAAGUGAUUCGAUCUAUGUGCCCACAGUGCCACCCAAGAGAUCUCUGGUCCGCGUUCGCGUCCGAGAAUUGUUGAAUCUUCUCCUUGGCGGAGAAAGAGGCAAUAAAGCGCAAAGAGCUAAAGCAGCGGUCGGCGUUGUCCGCCAAGCGUCGCUAAAGCGCAAGAAUACAACAAGCAGUCGAAAGGCUCAACCUCACUCGCCUACUAUUCGCGCACGCGUUGCUCAUCAGAUGCAUGGCUUCAGCGACAAAGCCUCACCCCUCUGCGCAGAAUCCGGCUCGCGGCUCGACUAUUUCAGGGCCUCGACUCUUCACUCCACAAUACCACAGUCGCAAAUCUAG